UUAUGGGCUUGGUAAUUCCAUGGAGUUUGACACUGUCACUGGUGGAUGCAUACUCUGUCUUUGUUAAAUGUCCUCUGCAUCAACCAGGAAUAAUGUUGGUCGUCAUCAUAGGGGAUUGGGUAUGUGCAAUCUUUGGAUUCAUCAACAACCUUACGAGUGACAUCCUAUGAAUUCUGAAAGUUUCUGGUUAUAUAUUCCAUCACAGGUUCUCUCAUUUCUCUCUUUAGCCGCAGCCUGCUCAACAGCUGGGGUCACGGAUCUCCUGCUCAAUGUUAAUGGAUCCCACUGCCCAGCAAGGUUAUGCGGUAGAUAUCAGCUGUCAGCCGCUAUGGCCUUCUUGUCUUGGUUUCUUUCAUUAGCCUCUUCGCUCUUCAACCUUUGGCGCCUCCCCUCCUUAAAAAUGCUCAUCCAUGAGAGGACUCAAGCUGCUGCAUGCCCAAAUCAUCCUCCACGGAUUGACCAAUGAGACCCUUACGCUUGGUAAAUUGAUUUCUUUCUGUGCUGUUGAUGAUGCCGGCGAUCUCCAAUAUGCGCAGCGCAUGUUCGACCAAAUACCCCAACCCAACAAAUUCAUGUACAAUAGUUUGAUUAGGGGGUAUUCAAAUAGUGAUGACCCAAUAGACGCUGUUUUACUUUUCCGUCGGAUGAUUUGUUCUGGCCUUUCCCCCAAUGAAUUCACUUUGCCUUUCGUUCUUAAGGCUUGUGGUUGCAAAUCAGCAUACUGGGAAGCUGUUCUUGUUCAUGGGCUCGCCAUCAAAUUGGGAAUUGGAUCCCUAGUUUUUGUGCAAAAUGCUCUCAUUGCUGUUUAUGUUGUUUGUGGGUUGAUUCAUUGUGCGCGGAAACUGUUUGAUGAUAUUACUGAUAAAACUCUCGUUUCUUGGAAUUCGAUGAUUGGUGGGUAUGCUAGAAUGGGUAAUUGGAAGGAAGCCUUUUUUCUGUUUCGGAAGAUGAGAGAAUGGGGAAUGGAACCUGAUGGGUUUACUUUUGUUAAUCUGCUUUCUGUGUGUUCUCAAAGUCGUGAUUUAGAUUUGGGAAGAUAUGUGCACUUUUGUAUAGAGAUUACUGGGGUUAAGAUUGAUAUAAUAGUGAGAAAUGCUCUCAUGGAUAUGUAUGCUAAGUGUGGGAAUUUGCAUUCAGCUCAAGCAAUUUUUGACCGAACCCAGGAGAAAAACGUGGUGUCAUGGACUUCAAUGAUUAGUGCCUACGCUCAACAUGGGUCCAUUGAAGUUGCUCGUCAAAUUUUUGACCAAAUGCCUGGGAAAAAUGUUGUUUCUUGGAAUUCUAUGAUUUCUUGCUACCUUCGGGAAGGUCAAUACAGGGAAGCCUUGGAUCUCUUCAACAAGAUGCGUAAUUCAAGAGUGGUGCCUGAUGAGGCUACCCUGGUUAGCAUUCUUGCAGCUUGUAGUCAACUUGGUGAUUUGGUCAUGGGAAAGAAAAUCCACAAUUACAUACUCAGUAACAAAGGCGCAUAUGGUGUUACACUGUAUAAUUCCCUUAUAGACAUGUAUGCAAAAUGUGGUCCUGUUGUAACCGCCCUGGACAUCUUUUUGGAAAUGCCAGGGAAGAAUUUGGUGUCAUGGAAUGUCAUCAUUGGGGCGCUUGCACUGCAUGGGUGUGGAUUGGAAGCAAUCAAGCUCUUUGAGGAGAUGCAAGCUGAUGGGACGUUGCCUGAUGAGAUCACAUUGACAGGGUUGCUUUCUGCUUGCAGUCAUAGCGGCCUCGUAGACAUGGGCCUAUAUUACUUUGACAGAAUGGGUGUGAUUUACAGAGUAACGCGUGAAAUAGAGCAUUAUGCUUGCAUGGUGGAUCUACUUGGGCGAGGGGGCCUCUUGGGGGAGGCUAUUGAGCUGAUAGGAAGAAUGCCAAUGAAGCCGGAUGUUGUGGUUUGGGGUGCUUUGCUAGGUGCCUGUAGGAUUCAUGGAAAUGUAGAGAUUGGAAAGCAAAUUCUAAAACAGCUAUUGGAGUUGGAGCCGCACAGUGGAGGGCUUUAUGUGCUUAUCUCAAACAUAUAUUGGGAAGCUCAAAGAUGGGAGGAUGUGAAGAAGAUUAGGAAACUGAUGAUAGACCGUGGGAUCAAAAAGGGUAGAGCAAUUAGCUCGAUCGAGAUCGAUGGUUGUAUUUAUGAAUUCAUGGUUGACGACAAAAGACAUAAAAUAUCGAGCAGCAUCUAUGCAAUGCUUGAUCAAUUAACUGACCACCUGAGAUCUGCAGGCUAUUUAUGCAACAUUUCAAGUGUGUUUUUCGAAGCAGAGGAAAUUUAGUGCUCUGCCCUUUUUUGUUCUUUUUCUUUUCUUUUUGUGUUACAAAAUUCAUGAACAAAAUGUAAUUUAAAUCCUCCUGCCUCUUAUUCCAAUAAGUACAUAAUUCAGUGCUUAUAUAAAAAAUUUUCCUGUGAUCAAUAAAGUCCCAAUGUGUGUUGAGUUGAA